AUGUCAAAUACUCUUUUAGCCGCAGCACUCAGUGCCGUUACAAAUCUAAAUGUUGUUACUUAUGAUGAUUAUGUUAAAAGAAAAAAUGAUGGUUGUUACGGUGAAUUGAAUCAAAAAUCUCUUCAUCAGUCUCAUUUAGUUGGUGGUAGGGUACCUUACGCUGGAGUAAGAUUAAAUGGAUUAGGCGGAGGUGGACAAUUAUUAGUUAAAACAUUAACUGGUAAAACUAUAACAUUGCAACAACGAUUAAUUUUUGCCGGUAAUCAACUAGAAGAUGGACAUACUUUGAAUGAAUACAAUAUACGAAAUGGAUCGACCUUACAUUUAGUAUCGAGAUUGAGAGGUGGAAGUCCCACUUUAUAUAUUCUUCCUAAUCACCUUGAUCCAAUAUUCGAUUAUGAUUUCACAGAUAUAAAUGAUGAUGGGAUGUAUUUUGAACGAGGAAAUUUUGAAUAUAAACGUCCUUGUGGUUGGGAAAGAAUCGCUCUUAAUGUUCUUGACAAAUAUGAAAAUAAUAUUUGGCUUGGCGUUAACGGUAGAAAAUCUUUAACAAGUUCGGCACAAAAUGAAUGGCCAGUUUCUUAUCAUGGAACUGCUGAACAUAAUUGUAAAUCAAUUGCCAAAGAAGGUUAUGAUUUGUGUAAGGGUAAACGAUUCGCAUUUGGGCAUGGAAUUUAUUCAACACCAGAUAUAGACGUCGCAUCUAUAUUUGCUACUCAAUUCAUUCAUGAGGAAGAUAGAUAUCAAGUUGUAUUUCAAAAUCGAGUUAACCCAAAUAAUUUAGUUAGACUUACAAAGGAAGAAACUGGUAUUGGUGAAUAUUGGAUUUCACCAAAUGGAGCAGAUUUACGUCCUUAUGGUAUCUGUAUUAAGAAAUUUAAUUAG